GUUACAGACAAUAAAGAAGAUAAAAAUGAAGCAACUGACGAAAUUGAUAUUUAUGAUUCUUGUUUGUGGCGGUUACUCUAUGCCUUCUAGUCACUCAUCAGUGCAAACAAUAAGCACCAGUGAUUCAGAGACAAUUAAAAAUUUAAAUAAUAUUAAUAAAGGAGAAAAAGCUGCCCAAAUAAAUAUUUGUAAUCUUGAACAGAGACAGGUACCUAUUUUUUGUACUUGUGACGCUGACAAAAUCGGUAAUGCCACAGAAGCUAACUGUGUUAUACUGGACGUCUUGAAACCCGAUGACAUAAUAUGGAAUUAUUUUAUGUCACAACCAUUACUUGAAAAACUGUCAUUUAAAGUCAGAAUUGGUGGUAACAUGUCGCAUGUCCCAACCAAAGCCAUUAGAUCGCUGACUCAGUUAAAGCAGAUUAAUUUCAGACAUGCUAACUUUGAAGAAAUAACCGAGGGUGCAUUUGCUAAUGAGCCUAGUGUUAUUGUUGUUGAUAUUGCUGAGUGUGGUAUCAAGCAAUUGAAAUCACACGCAUUUGUAAACAUGACUAAUAUCGAUUUUAUCAACCUCGAUGACAAUCAAAUUCUCGAGAUUAAUAGGGAGGUCUUUGUCAAUCUUCCGGUGUUAAAGAAGCUCUUUAUAAACCGUAACAAUAUUACAUCUCUUCAUGAUCGGGCAUUCAAGCAUUUAACAUCACUUCUAGAACUCGAACUGAGUUACAAUAACAUAGAAGUGAUAACAACUGAACAUUUUAUUGGAUUAAAGUCACUCGUGAGCCUGAGUUUGCGUUCGAAUAAAAUAGCUAUGCUUGGAGAGCAUACAUUUAUUGAAAUGCAAGAAUUACAAAAACUGGAAAUAGAUAAUAAUCUUAUCGAGUACAUUCAUCCUAAAGCAUUUGAAAACAUGCGUAAUUUGCGCACAUUAAAUUUGAGUUCUAAUAAACUUAAAUAUUUGGCAGCGGAUAUUUUUACCGGCGCACUAUCGAUUAAUAAUCUUGAUUUGCAGAACAAUACACUCGUAAGAGUUACAUUUGACAAUAUAAAACCGAUUAUAACAAACUUUUAUGGAGUUUCCAGUUACUUGUCCCUCGACGAUAAUCAAUUGACGUGUGACUGCAAUUUGGCUUGGAUUAAAGGCUUGAGAAAUGAAACGAUUAAUCAAAAACUUAAAGAUUCGCUUGAUUUGUUGACGUGUUUCGAAGAGCAGAAUGGAACCCUUCAAGCUAGCCAGACGAUGGAAAAUGAUAAAGCCCAUGUAACGUCGGGAAAAUCUAAGACUGGGGAAAUUUCUGACAUCAAUAAGUCGAAGGGAAAGCAUCGUGUAUAUGAUGCUAACAACUACAUGAAAGAUAAUGCUAAUAAUGAUAAUGAGCAUUCGAGCUACUUGGAUUCAACGUCUAAAUUUAACCGGGAAAAGUUAGUGAAUGGAAAAGUGGGCUACAUGAAGAAUCUCUUUGAUGUGAAAGUAGAGGAACCGUGUCCUGAACAAUCGAGGGAUGAUCCAAUGACAUCUGAGCAACCCUCGAACCACCGGGAAAAUGCAGCUGUCGCCUCCUCAGCUUCUACUACUUACGUACCAAACAUAGCUACGAUAGGUCAAUAUCUUUACUUUCUUUCGUUACUCAUCAUCGUAGUUGUCUAA